CACCUACACUUAUACAACAUUACCUGAGAAAUCUCAGAGGGAGAGAGAGAGAGAGCAGAGGAGAAGAAGGGAGAGAGGAGAGAAGAAAGGGGGCCUCCAAGCCUUAAGACUCUCUCUUCCUUCUUCCUUCCUCUCCACAAAACAGGCACUGAAGCUCGCCAGGCGAAAGACUCUCUCCCCCUCUCUCUCUCUCUCUCUCUGUCUGUCUGUCUGUCUGUCUGUCCCUUUGUGUCUCUGUUCAGACAUUUCCUCUCGCCAUGAUGUCGUUGAAUCACACAUCUUUCCUGAACAAUUCAGGAUUUUGUGGGUCGUGCAAGAAGAGCUUGUUGUUCUCUCGGCUGCAGAGGAGCCCCGUGUCUCAUGUUAGGAUAGCCGCUGCCUUGGGCUCGUCAAGUAACAAGGGGACCGGUGACAGAAACGUGAGCUUUUCGGUGGAGGCUGCAGUGAAGAACAUGGCCGCGGUUGAGCUGGUGGACUCCGAGUCAGCAGUUGCUGGAGGGGUGAAGGAUGUCUAUGGUGAGGACACAGCCACGGAGGACCAGCUUGUCACUCCUUGGGCUGUCUCUAUUGCUAGUGGAUAUUCAUUGUUACGAGAUCCGCACCACAAUAAAGGGCUUGCAUUCUCGGAGAAAGAGAGAGAUUCUCAUUAUCUCCGUGGUCUCCUUCCCCCAACAGUUGUUCCUCAAGAUCUCCAGGUGAAGAAAAUGAUGCACAAUAUCCGCCAAUACCAAGUCCCGCUUCAGAAGUACAUGGCCAUGAUGGAUCUCCAAGAGAUGAACGAAAGGCUGUUUUACAAGCUUCUCAUAGAGAAUGUUGAGGAGCUUCUCCCAGUUGUCUACACACCGACUGUUGGUGAAGCUUGCCAAAAAUAUGGGAGCAUAUUUAGGCGCCCGCAAGGCCUAUUCAUCAGCUUAAAGGAAAAGGGGAAAAUUCUCGAGGUGUUAAAGAACUGGCCUGAGAGGAAUAUCCAAGUCAUUGUUGUGACUGAUGGAGAGCGGAUCCUUGGUCUCGGAGAUCUUGGGUGUCAGGGGAUGGGGAUACCAGUAGGGAAGCUUUCUCUGUACACAGCUCUUGGAGGAGUUCGGCCCUCUGCUUGCUUACCUGUUACAAUUGAUGUUGGUACAAACAAUGAGAAACUAUUGAAAGAUGAAUUCUACAUCGGAUUAAGGCAGAAACGGGCAACUGGACAGGAAUAUGCCGAACUUCUGCAUGAAUUCAUGUCAGCUGUCAAGCAGAUCUAUGGGGAGAAAGUCCUUGUUCAGUUCGAAGACUUUGCAAAUCAUAACGCGUUUGAUCUACUCGCCAAGUAUGGAACUACUCAUCUCGUUUUCAAUGAUGAUAUUCAGGGAACGGCAUCAGUUGUCCUCGCAGGUCUCAUUGCUGCACAAAAGUUAGUUGGUGGAACUUUAGCAGAUCAUAGAUUCUUAUUCCUCGGGGCGGGAGAGGCUGGUACUGGGAUAGCUGAACUGAUAGCACUUGAGAUGUCAAAACAGACAAAUGUUCCUGUGGAUGAUGCUCGAAAGAAUAUAUGGCUUGUAGACUCGAAGGGAUUGAUUGUUAGUUCUCGCAAGGAAUCCCUACAGCACUUUAAAAAGCCCUGGGCCCACGAGCAUGAACCAAUUAGGGAUCUCGUUGAUGCUGUUAAGGCAAUAAAACCAACUGUGCUUAUCGGAACAUCUGGAGUGGGGAAAACAUUUACUAAGGAAGUGGUUGAGGCCAUGGCCUCUUUGAAUGAGAAACCAAUCAUCCUUGCCCUUUCGAACCCGACUUCACAGUCUGAAUGCACAGCAGAAGAGGCGUACACUUGGAGUCAGGGUCGUGCAAUUUUCGCAAGUGGGAGCCCCUUCCGCCCUGUAGAAUAUGAGGGGAAGGUUUUCGUGCCAGGACAGGCAAAUAAUGCAUACAUCUUCCCGGGAUUUGGCUUGGGCCUCAUAAUGUCCGGAGCAAUCCGCGUUCAUGAUGAUAUGCUGUUGGCUGCCUCCGAAGCCCUAGCUGCUCAGGUGACUCAAGAGAACUUCAACAAGGGACUCCUCUACCCACCAUUUGCUAACAUCAGAAAGAUCUCUGCCCACAUUGCUGCCGAUGUGGCUGCCAAGGCCUAUGAGCUCGGUCUGGCAACCCGGCUUCCUCAGCCCGACGAUCUGGUGAAGUAUGCUGAGAGCUGCAUGUACAGCCCUGCAUACAGAAACUAUCGGUGAACUGGAGAGAGGAAAUUAUGUUUUGUUUUGUCAUCUUAAAUGCGACAUUUAAUUACUUAUCCAAAAAAAAAAAAACAAAGAAAUCCAACAUUUAAUUACACUUUUUUUUCGUCUUCUUUUACUUUCCAUCAAUUUUUUUGGAGUAUUUUGGAUAAACACAAAAAAAAAAAAAUUUGUUGGUGUAGCGGGAUUAUAUCUGUAGUGGGGGCAGCAUUAGGCCCAUAAUACAAAUGUUUUGAUUAUUUGAAAUUCAUAGAAAGUGAAUCGAAUUUUGUCAAGUAGCAAGUCUGCAGUUCAUAA